GCCAUCAAUCCAUUGCAGUGAUGGAGUACAGACUGCUCCAUCUCAAUCAAAUGAAUGCGGCGAGUUUCGAGAAACUCUUUGCCGGAUUCAAUGAGAGUGCAAAGCUGGCAGGCCAGGAUGCCGAAGUACAGUUAUCCAGUCUUGCAGCGAGUCGACUACAACAGGCGCUGCAGAACGGAAAACACGCUAUGGCUGUGCAGGAUGCGUGGCAGAAGAGUACCCUGUUCAGUUUCAAAAAUCAGGACGAGUCUAAGGAAAUCCCCCAGAGGGAUCUAAUCCGGCCGAUGCAACAGAAGCUGUACUGUCUGUCGCCCUAUAUCGAGGUGAAGGACUUCUAUCGGUUUGCCACGUCUGUAUUGAAGAAUACGCCAUACGGGAAGAAGGCUACCUGAGCACUGUAGCACGCCAUUGGGCAGCAUUCAGGAUAUACAUGAGGGCCAGAAGACUUUUUCACCGGAUUUAACAUGGACACACACUAGUUUGAUGUAAUGCCACACACUUGGGGUGCUCGUAGUUUGUCGGUGUAUUCUCCGUACAAUCCGUGUGUCACAUUGGAUACACACGCCGUAUGGAAAGAACCGCUCCCCGUAGUCACGGCACUAACAUACCAAUAUUCAUUAAAGACUCCAACGGAUUAUUGUGUACAUACAAUACAAUUCCGUUUGCUUUACACGAUCCCACAAGGAAUGCCC